CAGCCCCGGCGCCAUGGAGCCAGCCCCGGGCAGCGAGCGCCGUAGUCCCCCUGGCCCCGGAGUCCCGCGGCCACCACCGCGGGGCCACGCGCCCUCGGCCGCCGCCCCCAGCCCGGCCCCGGUGAGCUCGUCAGUGCAGUCGGACGAGGAGAGGCAGCCUCGGAUCAGUGAGAGCGGCCAGUUCAGCGACGGGCUGGAGGAUCGAGGUUUACUAGAAAGCAGCACCCGGCUGAAACCUCACGAAGCCCAGAACUACAGGAAGAAGGCAUUGUGGGUAUCCUGGUUCUCCAUUAUUGUCACCCUGGCCCUGGCAGUGGCUGCCUUCACUGUCUCCGUCAUGAGGUACAGCGCCUCUGCCUUUGGGUUUGCAUUUGACGCCAUCCUGGAUGUGCUGUCCUCGGCCAUUGUCCUCUGGCGUUACAGCAACGCGGCUGCCGUUCACUCUGCUCACAGGGAAUAUAUAGCCUGCGUCAUCUUGGGGGUGAUCUUUCUUCUGUCAUCCAUAUGCAUAGUGGUCAAAGCCAUCCAUGACCUUUCAACAAGGCUGCUCCCUGAAGUGGAUGACUUCCUGUUCAGUGUGUCCAUUUUAAGCGGGAUCCUUUGCAGCGUCCUGGCUGUGUUGAAGUUUAUGCUGGGGAAGGUCCUGACAAGCAGAGCUCUCAUCACAGACGGGUUCAACUCCCUUGUUGGGGGAGUGAUGGGGUUCUCCAUCCUCCUCAGUGCGGAAGUGUUCAAGCACAACGCCAGAGUCUGGUACCUGGACGGCAGCAUCGGUGUCCUGAUCGGCCUCACCAUCUUUGCCUAUGGGGUCAAGCUCCUCGUCGACAUGGUGCCCAGAGUGAGACAGACGCGUCACUAUGAGAUGUUUGAGUGAAGGUGGCUGGAGGGGCUGCAGGGACUGCCCCAGCGAAGAGCGUCACCAUGGCGACAAGAGGUUUCCGCGAAGGCAGAUGGUGCCAAUAUUUAACUGCACAUCCAGUUUCAUUUGGGGGGAAGUUUUCGUUCAUAGAGUCUGUCAUCCUGGGAUGAGGUCUGCCUGGAGGCUGGACCUGCAUCCUACAUCCUCACCCUGUUGCCCAUUUUCAAACACAUUAGGACAGUGUUGCCCAUGGGAGGGGCCGCCACGCUUCCCAACCUUGAGCCGGAAGUGACAUUUUCUAUUUCUGGACUCAAACGGUCCCUGAAAGCAGGCUAGGGUCUCUGCUUGACAGGAAGCCACCCGUGGCACUCACAUUCAGCCCAAACCAGAUAGUAACUGACCAAGUCACCUCCUCCCGACACAAGUGGCCAAAGCCACUUCCAGAGUCACACCCCUCUCUCCUAGCAGUGAAUUCCUUCCUAACGCCUACCAACCUGUUUCAUACACUUUUACUAAUCGCAACACUAAACAGAUCUGUUCAGAAGGAGACCAUUCUAUUUUCUAAAGUGUCUAGUGACUUUAAGAGCUUUGCAUGGACAGGCUAUGUAAGCACACAGCCCUUUCUCCCACAUCCAUGAGAACCCAGGAACCAUUUUUGAGAGAUGUGAAACUCUAUACAUUUAUUUGUAAUAAAUAAAUUAUAAUCAUUACC